GAACAUCGCAGAUGUCUUGAUACAAAGAAAAGAAGAAAUGCGAAAAUUUGUAUUUUUCGUCGUAGCUAUUCUUAUUCAAAUUCACACGACAACAUCACAAAGAAAUAGAAGUUCAUCGCCAUCUGGAUUUUUGGAUCUUCAACUUGAAAAAUGUCCUCAAGUUCUCGGAUGUCGUUGUGUUCGGGAUUCUACAAGAAAUAUUCAGUGCUUUUCUAUUGACGAAUCAAAACUUCUUGAAAUUCAAAAAAUCUACGGAUCAAAUAUUCAACGUUUGGAACUUCACAAUUGGCAACAUGAUCAGCUUAAUUUCGAUAUUUUCGCACCAUUUCCGCAACUAGAACAUAUAAUUCUCCGAGAUGGUGAUUUGGAAUCUCUGAAUGGAACUGUAAUCCAUCCAACUCUCAAAGUGCUUUCUAUCGAAAAUUCAGAGCUGACAUCGAGCUCAGAAGUUUGUCGCCUUUUGAGCAUUUUCCCGAAGAUUCAAAGUCUAUCCCUAUCGAAGAAUUAUUUUGAGAAAUUUGAAUGCGACACGAGUAAUACCAAAUUAAAAAUUCUAGAUUUGAGUCAGAAUAGAAUUUCCCACCUGGAAGUGCCAAAUACCCUCAGAGUUUUGAAUGUUUCACGCAAUAGACUGACUUCUUUUGAAAAUAUUUCGACGAAGCUGACAGAUUUAGAUAUUUCCUUCAAUAAACUAUCCUUAUGGCCAUCUUUCGACGAUUGGAAGUUCCCGAAUCUUCGUAGUUUGUCGGCAAUCAAAUUGGAUUUGCAAACGGGAUUUCAAUUAGAUGCUCCACUUUUAAAUUCUCUUAAUAUUGACGGCGCAUCACUAAGAUACUUGAAUUUUCAUCAAAUCCUUACGCCGAAACUCAAAAAGUUCUCUGCUCGAUAUCUAACGGAGCUUCGAAAUAUUGCCGGUCGUUUACCUUCUACAGUAACGGAUGUGGCUUUCACUGAUACAAUGCUGAGAACUCUUCCAGCUGAUUUUAUUCCAAUGUCAUCUACCAACCAUAUGCAAAAGGUUUCAUUCGAUUUCUCUACGAAUCAGCUUCUUUGUGAUAAAUGUUUAUUGCAAUGGUCUCUACCAGUUUAUGCACAGACAAGUAUUCGAAAAGAUUGCAAUUUGACACGAGAAGAAAUUGAAUCGGCAUCUUGUAAGAUUGGUGUUGUUGCUAAUGAUACUGGAAUUCAAUAUGGAAAAUAUGAGAAACCAACAGCAAUUUCUUGUUUCUCCUACGGAGUUCCAUCUCCAAAAAUCAGUUGGUGGAGAUUUAGACCAGCAGAGAAGCUUGGAUCCUAUGAUCCAAUCACAGAUGAAAUCAGUUAUACAAAUGUUUCGGAAACGAUGAAAGAAAGCUAUGAAAUUCAAUCUGGCGGGUCUCUUCUAAUUCGAUCACCCAACCGAUCACAUGUUGAACGAUAUGUUUGUGUCGUGGAAAAUGAAUAUGGAAAAGAUUAUGGAAUUUAUCAUUUUAGACUCGAUUAUCUCGAUUGGUACAGCUAUGAUGUGUUCAAUUCAGUAUUUUGGGGAGGUCUCGCCACUUCAUUAAUCGUUUGUCUCAUAUCAUUCUUGCUCAAUAUUACAUGGAUUCUCACCCGAAAAAGUGCUCUUUGGUGGAUUCAAAGAGCCGAACGCCUGUCACGUGUCCGAAAAAUGGUUGAAGCAAUGGAAAAAUAUCGUGUUCGUCAAAUGGAGUCACUUCAUGAAAAAUACACGAAACGCGUUCAAAUUGUUCGUGAUAAUUAUCAUCAACAAGUUGAAGCACUUCGUGUAUCGUAUGCAUCACAACAAGAGAAAUUUCAAAAUUAUAAAGCAGCUCAAGUGGAUGCUGUACAUUCACAUUUGGAUGCAAUGAGAGAUGGAUAUAAUAAUCAAUUGGGUAGAGUCAGAGAAUAUGGAUCAAAACGUGCAGAACAAUUAUGGGAGAGCUAUGAGCGACAGGUGAAUCGCAUGCGAACCUUCAGUCUACAACAUCGUCUAAAAAUGAUGCGCCAGUACAAAGUGAAGCAACGUUAUGUUAAUAAAUUACUCGAAUCACUGCAAGCAACAUCACCAGAAGUUCAAUUGGAGAAUGAAGAAAAAGUACGUGCUGCUCUAGAGAUUCCUGAUGAUUUGGCAACUAUUGAUGGUUCAAUGGACACUCCUUCUCGCCUCUCGCGUAGUUCAUCAUUCCAUAGUCUUCCUGAAUAUGUUAUUGAUGAACAAGGAAACGUACGACCGGGAAUUAUUCCAACAAAUGCGCCUUCCAUUAGAUUCACUACCAAACCAACAACAUCUUCAAUAUCAAACGAGGCAAGUACCUCUUCUCCGAGCUCAUCAGGAGCUCAUCGAUCGCCAGAUUCUCCACCAGAAAAGAGAUAAUUCUUUAAAUCAUUUUGUUUGUUUGUCUAUAACCAUUCCAAAAUCGGUGCCAUCAUCAUCCGACCUAUCAUUUCUUUUUGCAAUUAGUCCUAAAACACUUACUUACCAUCUUCAGGAAUAAUGUUCUCAACUAGAGCUUUGUUUUUUUCUUUUCGAGAGUGUCUUUAAUAUAUCUUUCCAAUUCAAUUGUUUCAUGCCAGGAAAUCCAUGCAAACUUCUCCCCCAAUUCCCACUUUUUGUUCCAAAUUUCAUGUGUUCAUUUAUUUAUUUUCAUUUAAUUCAAGUUUUACUGUACGCAUAUUCAGAGAUUAAAUUUUUGAUUGUA